UCAUAAUUCCAACAUGGCGGCGUCCGUGCGGGUGUGCAGUGCCCUCCGCAUCACCAUCGGAGGUGCUGCCCCGCUCCGUACCGUGUGGGGAGCCGUUCAGGUGUCUCACUUUACAACUCGAGCCUCAGCCGUCCCACUCCAGCGGCAGCCUGCACCUCCGCUGUUCCCUCCGACAGCAUGGCAGCAAACCAGACAUGGCAGCUUCUUCAACAAGUUGACGGCGGAGGAGCUGUGGAGAGGUGUGCUGGCCGAGACCGGUGCCGGAGCCAGAAAAGGCCGAGGGAAGCGAACCAAGCGCAGAAUGAGGAAGGACCUGAACCGAGGACAGGGCCUCGGAGAAGGUCGUGGUGGUUUCCUGUGGCCCGGUCUCAACAUUCCCGUGGUGAGGGACGGCACGUUGCAGAACAUGGCUCGAAGAACUGACGCUGAGCAGCAGGAUGUCGAAGCCCAACUGGUGCGUCAGAGGGACGAAUGGGACAGAAGGAGGAAGAUGAAGGUGAAGAGGGAGAGAGGCUGGACUGGACACUCCUGGGGAGGCAUCAGUCUGGGGCAUCCUGACCAGGGACCCAACGGAGAAACCUAUGAGGACUUUGAUUCUCGUGUGAUCGAGGUGAAGACCGUGUUCAACAUGACGGCCAAGGAGGGCAGGAAGAGGUCCCUCAGCUGUCUGGUCGCCGUGGGAAACGGCAAAGGAGCUGCAGGCUUUGCGUUGGGUAAAGCGGCAGACAGAAACACAGCCCUGAGGAAGGCCAAGAACAGAGCCAUCCACUACCUGUACUACAUCGAGCGAUGCAACAACCACACCAUUUACCACGACAUUGAGUCCAAGUACAAGAGGACGAAGCUGCGCAUGAGGAAACAGAACGAAGGUUACGGCCUCCGCUGCCACCGCGCCGUCAUCACUCUGUGCAAGCUGAUCGGCAUCACAGACAUGUACUGCAAAGUGGAGGGAUCCAUCAACCUCCUCAACAUCACGCGAGCCUUCUUCACUGGACUGGCCAGCCAGGAAACCCACCAGCAGCUGGCCAACAGGAAGCAGCUGCACGUCGUGGAGUUCCAGGAGCAGCGAGGCCCGAUCCCCAUGUUGGUGGCCAGUCCCAAAGACGGAGCGCGACCCAACCCGGAGUCCAAGGACGACAUCCCGAACACCCGGCUGAACUACGACGACGUUAAAGCGGCGCAGGGAAUGAAGCGCUCGGCCUGGGCGGGCGUCAAACGCACCAUCUGGUAGCCAAUCAGGGUUUGGGUCAGAGAACCGGACAGAAGGUCGGGACUGAUGGAGGUCAGGAGAGUCGGACUGAAGGUCUGACUUUUGGCUUUGGAACAUUUCAGUCAGUUGUCAUUGAGGAUCUCCACAUGCAGCCGUUUGUAAAUGUCUGUUUGGUCAACAAAGGUCUGAAGUUCAGAUGUUUCUGAACACGAUCCAGAUUGACCUGGUACAAGCGGAUGAGCGUCAACAAGUGUAGAAACCCUCCUGAUCCACGUGGACGUGUUGCAAAAUACUGUGUGUACAAAUAAAAUAAAGUAUGAACCUUUAAAACAUCA